UGUUGCACCGCGGAGCAGCGCAUCUACUGUGAUCCGCUAUCAUGGAGGAUAAUGGAAAAACGCACGGACCGAGAUCAAUGCACACACACACGCAGGUUCGGACUGGACGUAGAAAUGCCACGGGAUUGUAAUCUCCCCGCGGAGGAUGGGAUUUUCUGGACAUAACGCAGUGAAGUUACAGGAAUCUUUGUCCCGGACUGAAGAAAAGACGAGUGGGCCUGAAAUCACACAGACGUCGGUUGAAGUUGAGCUAAGAGCUGCGCUAGCCAAGUUAGCAUUUGGCUUACUGUGAAAUACCAAGUGUAUAGCUAAUGGUUAGGUCGUGUUUGAGCGGGGAACCCACCGCAGCGUGCGGCUGCGUGUACCAAGAUACACCGUGUCGUCAGAGAAUUACUGCUUUACAGGCGGUUGUUUACGUUAGCAGCAGUGAUUAUAGCUACACUAGCCAGCUAGCUCUGUGACAGUGCUAGCCUGUUGUUCCCUGCUAGGUAAAGCAGAAAGCCCCCGAGAAACAGUAACAAAAGAGAGUAUAGUACAGGGUCGGUGGUUAUUCGUGUACAAGAGGAUGUAUCUCAGAAGAGACAUUUGAUCAUAAACGUUAAUAGCCAUUAAUUGCCUCCGAGGUUAUUUAUUCUAUUUUAGACAAUAAGCAUGUUUCUCUCUACACGAGUCACCCUGUCCGGAUAGAGCUCAAGUUAUACUUAGAUUGUCUCUGCUUUUGACCUUUAAGAGAUUUUUAAUCUCAGUGAGAUAAAGGAUUUGGCUUUGGUUCUGGUUAUAAAAUUUAUUUAGCUGUCAGAUUUCAACACAGUCCUAGUUGUUUUCAUUUGUUUUUUUUUCUUUUUCCAGUGAGUUUGACCAAACCAACCCAUUUCUCAUCUUAAACUUGAGCAGUAGGAAUGUAUUGUCCCUCAGAACCACACUUCUGGCAUUCACCUUGUUAUUCUGUGGUUUUAGUCUGAAAAUUACCCGCUCGCACACAACUUGGAAGACCAAGAGUAAACAAGCAACACAAGAACUGGAAAUUGGAGGACCUCCAUUCAGCCAAUAGUGGUACAACAGACACAAUCUUUGUUUGGGAACACAUCAGAGGGAUAACACACAAGAGGAGGGGUAGAGUAGUCAUCCCUGUUGCUCAUCUUCAGCCUCCUUUCGGCCUGGUCUCAGAUGUGAGACAUGGGCAGCCAGGGCAGCCCGGUGAAAAGCUACGACUACCUUCUUAAGUUCCUCCUGGUUGGAGACAGCGAUGUUGGAAAAGGAGAGAUCCUGGACAGCUUGCAAGACGGAUCUGCAGAGUCCCCAUAUGCUUAUAGCAGUGGUAUCGACUAUAAAACCACCACCAUUCUCCUGGAUGGGAGAAGAGUGAAGCUCGAGCUCUGGGACACCUCAGGACAGGGGAGGUUCUGCACCAUUUUUCGCUCUUAUUCCCGCGGGGCUCAGGGGAUCCUGCUGGUGUAUGACAUUACCAACCGGUGGUCAUUUGAUGGCAUCGACAGGUGGAUCAGAGAGAUUGAUGAGCAUGCACCAGGCGUGCCUCGAAUCCUCGUCGGCAACCGGCUACAUCUGGCCUUCAAACGGCAAGUUCCCACUGAGCAGGCCAGGGCAUAUGCCGAGAAGAACGGCAUGACGUUCUUCGAGGUGAGCCCUCUGUGCAACUUCAACGUCAUCGAGUCCUUCACAGAGCUAUCUCGUAUCGUCCUGAUGAGGCAUGGCAUGGAGAAGUUCUGGAGGCCCAACAGAGUCUUCAGCCUCCAGGACCUUUGCUGCCGAGCCAUCGUGUCAUGCACCCCAGUCCACCUCAUCGACAAGCUCCCGCUGCCUGUUGCCAUUAAGUCCCACCUCAAAUCCUUCUCCAUGGCCAAUGGCAUGAACGCCGUCAUGAUGCAUGGACGCUCUUACUCUCUGGCCAACCCAGCCGGCGGCUCUAAAGGCAACAGCCUGAAGCGCUCCAAGUCCAUCCGUCCACCGCAGAGCCCUCCGCAGAACUGCACCCGCAACAACUGUAAAAUCUCCUAAUUCACAGUUUCACCGAGGGUCUGUGAAAAAAGGCGACGAAUGAAUGGGAUCAGGAGAUGGAUGUUCAGAGUGGUGGCACUUGGACGGAAAGAGCACAACCUUGAAAAUGAAGGGCAGCAGAGUGGCUAGGAUGCAUAAAGGGAUGAAUGAUCGCCACCUCCCACCUUCAUGGGUUGAAGUACUUUCCAGGUAGAGAAGCUGGAAUGAUUCCUCAGGAUAUCAGAGGAGAACGAUUAGAAACUCACUGGUCUCUGCUGACCUGAUUCUCACUUUAUCCAAAUCACAAAAAGAGAGAAAAGACUCCAGAUCCACUCCCACCUGCUUGAGUGUUAACUUCAUGUACAGAAAUCCCUCACCAACGCUUGUUUAUUUACUGUACAUGAUGCACGCCACUCGCCAUGUCUCUGUAUCACAGAUGUCACCUGGAGAUUAACUCCUCACCUUAUUCUUGCACAUUUAUUUCUUGCCUCUGUCUGUCUGGUUAUACUUCCAACUUUUCUAUCCACAACUCCGUUAAUUUGCUGUAUUAUUGACCAAUAAGCUAACGAUCCAGACACUAGUAACCAGUUCUUUAUCAGUCCACUCCUGAUUGAACCAUAGACUGUUAAUAGAAAUGGACAUAGACUCCAAUUCCAUAGAGUGAAGCCAAUGGUUAAGUGCCUGAAACCCGUAUUUUCUCAAAUGACCAGGAGAGGGACACAAAGAUGUCAAUUUCUAGUAUUUCUCUCAACGUUUAGUUUGUAGUCUUCUUCAGCACAGCAUGAUGUUUUUUUUUGUAAAUUACAGUCCCAUUUAGAGUCAAACAGUACCGUCCAAUGGGUGCAGGCCACAGGUGUUGCUGGGCGUGUAGUGUCCGCAAGCUCUGUCAGGCUCCACCCCCAACUCCUCUAAAUAUGGUCACCCUCUGCUCUCGAAAAACCAAUUUGGCAAACUAGGUGCUUCAAAAUGGCAGCUCACAAACCAAUGACAAAAGUGAAGCCACAUCAUCUUGAUCGCCCCCUGGUGGCAUGCUGCAGCAUAGGUCAUACCUAAACACACGUCAUGAUUGACAGCUAUGACUCAAGAUUGGUCGAGCCUCUGUAUUGGAGGGACCCAAAUACCGCAGCUCCCCCCCCACGAUCAUUGACUGACUCUAAAUACCUCAAAAGUGCAAAAAGACAGCGAGAUGUUCAAGAUAUUUGGCUUCAUUUCUGAAUAGUGGGAGGAAGUGGAGACACGUCGUCCAUCUUUAUUUACAGUCUAUGGUCUGAAUGCUCACUGUGCUUUGGAGUUUAAAUGGUUUUGUGUGAUCUAUAACACUUGCUGAAGGGAAAUCUUGGCAACAAGUUGAGUGACCGCUCCCGUCUGGUGUUGAAGCUGAGGUCGUCAGACAAACGCGACAAUACCUGAAGCAGAUCUCAGGUCCAGAUGUGUGCAUGUGACUUCAGGCUACCUUUACCUGCCAGAGCUGUUGGGUCAGUUUUAAACAAAAGUGUAAGAGUGGAUCGAUUCCACAAACACAACACAUGUAUUUUAAAUGAGUGCAGCAUAUGUUUGAGUUGUGGUUUACACUUCUUCCAUAGUGGAUUCACUGAUGCUUGUUGCUGUAGAAACCACUGCAUUUAAAAACCGAGUGGCCUAUUUAAUGUCUCUACACCUUUUAUGAAUCUCAUCUUUUAACUUGAUGCCAAUUGAAAAGAAUUCCACAAAGGACAAACAAAACAGAUCAAUGGAAAUUAACUUUAACUUUUCCUUAAUGUUGAAGAAUCAUGAAAAGACCAAAACCAACAUAUAACUCGUCUCGUCCAUCUUGUUUGGAUCCUUUUUUGCUUCAGGCCCAUUUUUCCUUUGUGACCAACUCCACUGCUCUUUUUAGGGAGCUGUUUUGAUGUCUUGUUUUGGCCUGAGAGCUUCUAACAGCUAACAGAUGAGAUGGAGUGGGCACUUUUACAUCUGCGCCACGCAGCUCAGCCGUCUUCCUCGCUCACGCUCUUUCUCUCUCUCGCUCUCUCUCUCUCUCUGUCUCUCUCUCUCUCUCUCCUGCUAUUUGUGUUUCAAAAAACAUGUACACACACGUUCACAAAUACACUCAACUCAUCACGAUUCUUAUAAAUGAUUGAGUGUGUUUACAGUUAUAUAAUCAUUACAAUAUUAGGACAUCGUGAACGAGAGCUGAAACUCUUAUUCAAAUACAUUUCUUCAGUCGGUCAACUGAAAAAUCUUAAUAAUGAAUUAAUUUUAAGGAAAAGUCCAUCACAAUAAUUUGUGUCUGUGUCUCUGCUCUUCUUUUCUGUUUAACAGAUUUUAAAACUGAAUCUCAUCUGAUUUGUAAGAAACCUUCUUUUUACAGUUUCAUCUUAUAAUUCUGAAAAAAUAAUCGACUGGUCUAUAGAUAAAAUAGCUCUAUUCAGUGGCCCAUCCCCUUAUCGUUACUGCGCAGGCUCUGGCUCCAAAUGACAUCAUUGGCACAAGAUGGCUGCGUUUGUAUCCAAGAUGGUUUCUGGAUAGUGGCAGGAUGUGGGGACACGUCGUCCAUCUUUUAUUUUUACAAUCAGUGGUUUCAGCUCAUACAUCAGUUCGGGUUUGUUUUUGUUUCCAUAACAGCGACCAUUGGAUCCUCGUUACAUGAAGCGUAGCUAUAAGCAAAUGAUCAGAAAUGUUGUUGAUAGCCAAUGAAUCAUUAUUAGUAGAACAAUCUUGAGUUUCAGCUUCUUUGAACGAGAGGAUUUUCAUCUUUUCUUCUCUUUCGUCUUCCAUGAUCAAACCGCCGCGUUGUGUUGAAAUGAGCUCGAACACGUGAACUCUUCAGAGUCGUCAGCUUUUGAACCAUCACACUGCUGCGUCUGGAUUUCCCAUGAGACUGACUGCUGCACGUCUUUCCCUCUGAUCCGCUCCACUGCCUCCACACUCUGUCCCAUGAUUCAUGGCUGCUGAAUAAUAGAUGCUUUUCAUAGAUCUCUGUAGGCUUUCAUUAGCACCCCACCCCCCACCGCUCCAUCCCUCCCAGCUACUAUUUCAUCCUCCUCAUGGGAAGAUGCUCUGCUCACUUCGGUUUGUUCGUGGUUCUUCUCAGCAUCUGUUUUCUGUCAUUUUCCCGUCCCAACAAUAAUAAGAGCUGGAUCAGGUUCUCAGUUGUAACCUGUUUAAUGACACUGCCCUCCACAGCUCAGGCUCAGUGUCUGUUCAUUUUCUGUGUGUAGUGAUAGUGGACUCUCAAUCUGCUGCUGUGUAUCUCUCGAUUAAAGGAUAAAACAGCCAACACACACACGUUGUGUCAACAGGUUCUUCCACACCAGCAUUUUAAGAAAGAUUCUGUUAAAUGAGCCAAGUCGUGCUUGUUGCCAAGAUUUCCCACUCUGACGAACAGGAGAAGCCACUGAUCAUUGUUGUUGCUGCCUCACAGAGCAUGUUAACCACCAAUGGGUGUGAUGAUGAGGAUGUUGUGUAGUUCAUCCAGUUCCUUUCUCUGUGACGACACAACCUUUGCUUCCACGUCUUCUUUUGCUCUCUUGUGGACUUCCUCAGUGUUGUCAGCUGGGAGAUUGAUUAACCCUCUGGUGGGCAUGUUCGUGUAAAGGAGCACUGUUUUUUUGAUGAUGACAAACACAUGUAAAACACUAUUCUUGUUUUUGGCUAAAGCUGCUGAGUAAUCUGAAGUGUGUGCGUGUGUGUUUGUGUGAGAGAGUGAGAGAGAGACAGUUUCUUCACACACUAACCUGAACGUUUUUCCUUUUUUUAAAUUAUUGAUUGUACAGUUUCAAGGCGAUGGUAUGAAGAGACUUUUUCACAAUAAAACUAUUGAAUGUUGGAGUCAAAA